AUGGCUUCUAAGUAUCCUCACUUUCAGCCGUACGGGCAAAAGCUAAUCCGAUGGAUGGAGAAUGUAAACGAGCCUGGAUGCCCAGUUCAAAUAUCUGAACUCAACACAGAGACUCUGCCACGGCCUACGGACUGGCGUGUCAACCAUUCCAGAGGAUGGUUAUCAUCAGAACAGAUUGCCUCUAUUGUGGGUCUCGGUCUGCCAAUCGGAGACUUGAUUCCGAACGAUCUAUAUCCCACAGAGUCGCCAUGUCUACAACACUCAAUCAUCAAGACUAUUGGUGGAACCGCAGCUUUGAUCGGGACAAUUGCACCAGGCGUGCUUUUUAUCUAUUCCAUUAAAAGAAGACCCCUUCCUUCGAACGAUCCGUACAUGUCCCAACUUGCCAAGAUGGCCUAUGAAACGCACUUUCCAUUGGAUAGUCUGAAGUAUGUGAUUGUCAACGAGAUACAGGAACACGCAACUGAAACAUUUGUCAUGGAACGAAUCUACCCUUCCCGUGAGGGACUUAGCUAUCCAUCCGCGGAGCCUCAGACCUGGGACUAUCCCUUACCAGAGUUUACCGCUAUUAUGGGUACGCCCAUCGGUAAGGUUGUCGGAUCAUUCAUUCUAGGUGCGUUUGGUCAGGGUGUCAAACGGAUUGCACAAAUUGUUACUUUCCAGGAUGGUCUUGAACUUCACAAACUGCAUGUUGGUUUUCAUAUCGAGGACGUUCAGAUUUAG